AUGGCACCCUCGAUACGCCGGCCGAUGACCGCCGGACCAGCUGAGACUGUCUCAACCUCGUUCCUGCUGGCCAAUCUUCACUGUCCCACCUGUGUAUCGACCAUAAAGCGCGCCCUCCACGAGUCCUACGGGGAACUCAUCAACUGGGUUUCACCCAAUAUAGUCACUUCUGUUGUGACCGUUGAGCACGCCCCGGCCGCAUCUCCCCGGCAGAUGCGCAAGGCCCUUGAGGAAAACGGCUUCGAAGUAUGCGGCAUCACAACCUCGUCCGACGCCGUGUCUGAUCUCGAUUUGGAACUUGGUGAAAGUCAGCAGCAGGGCGAAAGCAGCCACAGCAACAUGGACCGCCCAGGGUCUGGAUUCAGCCGGUGGUUCAAGCCCUCCGGGCCACAAGCCUCGCGGUCUCAAAAGACACUAGCUCAUCUCGCAAACUGCGAGCAAUGCCGAGGGACCAUGGGCGCCGAAACGGAUGAGAAGGGCGUGCUAGAGACUGUGUCCCACCAUGCCAACCUGGCCUCCAUUAAACCCACUAGUUCAAGCCAGCAAACCAGCGCCGCGUCCAAGUCUUUCAUUGCCAUUGAGAACGAUAUGGACCCAUCGGCCCAGCCACUCUGGCGGGCUACGCUGGCCGUCGGAGGCAUGACGUGCUCUGCCUGUGCCAACAUGAUCACCGAAGGGCUGAACAAGAACGAUUGGGUUGCAAACGUCGUCGUCAACCUCCUCAGCAACAGCGCGACCGUGGACGUUAGGGAAAGGGACAAGGCUGACGAGCUGGUCCAGGCCAUAGAAGACCUCGGGUACGAGGCAACACUCGACUCGGUGACUGACCUCAGCCAAGGGAAGCGGAAGGGCCCGGACCACUCAGACACCUGGCGGGUAACCGUCGCCAUUGGCGGCAUGACAUGCGCCGCUUGCUCUAACGGUAUCACAAGAGAAGUGAAGAAGAGGGAUUGGGUCAAGGACAUCAAUGUCAACCUGCUCACCAACAGCGCCUCGGUAGACAUCCAAGGACGCGACAAUGCCGAUAAGCUGGUGGAGGCGAUCGAAGAUCUCGGCUACGACGCCGCCCUUGACGCCGUCGUCAACUUGGCCCAGGAAGCCGCCGAGGACCACGAGCGGACUGUCGAGAUUCGAAUCGAUGGCCUUUACUGCGGGCACUGCCCGGACCGCGUAACCAAAAGCCUCGCCGGCUUCCGGCGCCACCUCGAGGUCGUUACCGCACCAACCCGCCAGCGCCCCAUCAUGAAACUCACCUACACCCCGGACGUGCCGUCCUUCACUAUCCGCCACAUACUCGCCGCCGUCGAAGCAAGCGACCCGGGCUUCUCGGCUAGCAUCUACCACCCACCCACUCUCGAAGAGCGCUCCAAGCAGAUCCAGCGCAAACACCGUUUCCAAAUCCUCUACCGCGUCCUCUUCACCGGCGCCGUUUGUAUUCCCUCCUUCAUCAUCGGCAUCGUGUAUAUGUCGCUGAUCCCCGGUGACGACCACACCAAGCAUUUUAUGAUGGCGGCCUGGACGUCGGGCAUCAGCCGUGCGCAGAUAGCGCUCUUCAUCAUGGCGACGCCCGUUUACUUCUUCGCCGCCGACCUCUUCCACCGUCGCGCCAUCAAGGAGAUCCGCACCCUCUGGCGGCGUGGCAGCAGGGUGCCCGUGUUGCAGCGGUUUUACCGGUUCGGUAGCAUGAACACGCUCAUGUCGUUGGGGACAACCAUCGCGUACAUCAGCUCAGUGAGCCAGAUGAUUGCCGCGGCGGCGUAUCAGGCGGAAGAGGUCAACGACUCAAACUUCUACUUUGACUCGGUCGUGUUUUUGACCUUUUUCUUAUUGUUGGGCCGGUUGAUCGAGAGUUAUAGCAAGUCGAAGACGGGCGAUGCGGUGGAGAUGCUGGCAAAGCUGAGGCCGACGACGGCCAUUCUAGUGGAGGGGUACGGGACCGAGAAGGAGGAGGAUGUGGUCGUCAAGGCGGAUCUGCUCGACUUUGGGGAUGUUGUGCGUGUCACCCAUGGCGCUUCACCCCCGUCCGACGGUACGAUCGUUAGGGGCGAGAGCAACUUUGACGAGUCCAGUCUGACGGGCGAGUCGCGGCUGGUAAAGAAAGUGCCGGGGGACGAGGUGUUCUCGGGGACGGUUAACAAGAACGCGUCGCUUUUGGUGCGCAUCACCGGCGUGGCGGGGACGUCGUUGCUAGACCAGAUCGUCCACGUCGUCCGGGAGGGCCAGACGAAGCGGGCGCCGAUCGAGCAGGUUGCGGAUAUGAUGACAUCGUACUUUGUUCCCGUUGUCACUUUGAUCGCCGUCCUCACCUGGAUCAUCUGGCUGUCUCUCGGCCUCGGCGGCCACAUUCCGACUCAUUACCUGGAUGUCACCUCGGGCGGCUGGGUUGCGUUUUCGUUGCAGUUCGCCAUAUCGGUCUUCGUUGUGGCCUGCCCCUGUGGUCUCGCUCUCGCGGCUCCGACAGCCAUCUUCGUCGGUAGCGGCCUCGCGGCGAAGCACGGCAUCCUGGCCAAGGGCGGUGGCGAGGCGUUCGAGAAGGCCAGUAGAAUCGACUGCGUCGUUUUCGACAAGACCGGGACCUUGACCAUGGGCGGUGAGCCGAGCAUCACCGACUCCGAGAUCUACCGGGAAGAUGCUUCCCAAAGGGAUGCUGUCCUCGCAGCUCUCAAGGCAGUCGAGGAGAAUAGCAGCCACCCCAUCGCCAAAGCCAUCGUCGCUUUCUGCGCCACCCAUACCUCCUCCAGAGCCAACAUCGACAACCUUCAGGAAGUCCCCGGGAAAGGGAUGAAAGCAACAUACCACAGCUCUUCCACGCCCGAAUCGUCCUUCGAACUCGCCGUCGGCAACGAGUCUUUCAUGUCGGACUUUUCCGUCUCCAUCUCAUCUGAGACAACCGCCACCCUCCAGCGCUGGAAAUCCGAAGCCAAGUCGGUCGCGUUGGCCGCCACCCGACUCCUCGACAGUGAGAAGUGGACUCUCGCGGCAGCGCUCUCCAUAUCGGACCCCAUCCGCCCCGAGGCCCCGCGUAUUAUCAAAGCCCUCCAGUCUCGCGGCACCCGCGUCUGGAUGCUCUCGGGCGACAACCCCACCACGGCGGCGGCCGUCGCUCAACAGCUGGGCAUCCCCGAUGACCAAGUUAUCGCUGGUGUGUUGCCGACGGGCAAGGCUGAGAAGAUCAAGUAUCUGCAGUCGACGCUCCGGGCACGCGUGGGGGACAAGGGCGAGUCCAGCACCAAGCGUGCGAUGGUCGCCAUGGUCGGCGAUGGCAUCAACGAUUCUCCGGCGCUGGCCACGGCCGACGUUGGCGUGGCCAUCGGGUCUGGCGCGGAUGUGGCCAUCAGCAGCGCCGAUUUCGUGUUGGUCAAGAGUGACCUGCGCUCCGUGGUCGACCUCCUGGAUCUGUCCAAGGUGGUCUUCACUCGCAUCAAGUUCAACUUUGGGUGGGCUGUGGUGUAUAACUGCAUAGCGCUGCCCGUGGCUGCCGGCAUCUUUUACCCCAUCAUGAGCAACGGGCAGCAUGUCCGAUUAGACCCUGUGUGGGCGAGUCUGGCGAUGGCGUUGAGCAGUAUAAGUGUGGUGCUGAGCUCGCUGGCGCUGAGGGUGCGGAUGAAUGGGAUUGGGUACCGGGAGAGGCAAAUUGAGUGA